AUGGAAGUGGUUUCUAGAGCAGGAAAGAAAAAAUAUGUCAGUUACGUUUUUGACAAAUUAAGUGUGUGUGCAACUAAAGAAUAUUGGCGUUGUGAACUUAUGAACAAUGGGUGUAAAUGUUGUAUCCAUAUAUCGAAUGAUGUAAUAAUAAAACAAAUUAAUAAUCAUUCCCAUGACAGUAACGCAGCAAAAGUGGAAGUUGACUGCUUUCGUGGUAAAAUAAAAAUUCGUGCUAGAGAAACUAUGGAACAAACGUGCCAAGUGAUUAAUGCAUGCCUUAAUGAGGCAGAUUUAUCACAGGCUACACAAGCAGCUUUACCAAAAAAUGCAGUUUUGAAGAAAAUGAUACGAAGGACGAGAAACGUUAUAAAUGCUGCACCUCCAGCACCGUUGCGGAUAGAACUCUUGAUGAUUCCUGAUGAAUACAAAUUAUUUAAACAUAACGGAAUUGCAGAGAACUUUUUAAGAGCGGACAGCGGACUAGAACCAGAUAGAAUUUUAAUAUUUGGUCGGGAGAAAAACAUACAUAAGGUUAGUAUUAGCACAGAUAUUCAGAAAUAUGCGGCGUAA